ACAAGCUCGCGACCGGCAGUGAUCUACAGGGUUCCCCAACAGUGCCAGGAUAUAACGCCAAUAAACGGAAAUGCGGAUCCCAACGGGAGGAAACGCAAUUCCGAGGGUUGGUCUUCGACAAGAACGGAACAUUCCGGGAAUUUUUCCUCACGAAACUGAUCAAUGCCUGCACGCCAGCUUGAGGAGCGGAGAAGUUUGCUACCAUGGCAACCAGAACUCGUCGACAGUACCUGUUGGACUGUGUGAGAACAGUUUACCCGUAUCACAUUGACCAGCCAACACCUCGUCUGUGUAGGCUUGCUGUCCAAGAACUGGGGAGGGAAGAGAAGGAGAAGCCGCACCUCCAGGCAUCGCUGGUCUUCACUCCAGGCGCUCUGGUCUGGAACGUGGCCAUCGUCACCAGGAGGAAAAGCUCUCCCAUUCUCGGAGAGCACGACACGGCGAUGGAGUGCAUGUUGGUAUCACUGCGGACCUCAUGGCCUUCGUCUACAACCAACACUAGGAGAAUGUUCUCCACAUACUACAGACGUCUCCGGAUUGGUCCAGACGGAGAGAAUAAACCUGUUCUACGACGGAACAUACUGCCUAAGUAUUGAGGUAUACGAUCAAGACGACGCCAGGGAAAUUACUUCCCGUUUACUGACCCUUGCACCCUGCGUCACCGCAUCACACGAGGCCACGUUGAUGGAGUUCCAGCGAACGCAGGGGGUGCUGCUGGGAUUCAGUAUCAACGAAGUUUGCGAAGUUUUGAGGGUUUCUGGACAAGCCAAGCAGAUUGGACUCCAGAUUAAAGCAAGGAUACUGCAAGUUGAGGAUAAACUGGUAUGCAACCACAAGCAUUCUCAGAUCAUCGACAUAUUGACCGACAGGAAGAAAACCAACAUGAAGGCCUUCGUCAUUCCUCCUGUUCCACAGACUCAGAGACCUCUGCUGUACUACCCGCCAGUCAACUGGGCAGAGGUGUGGUCAAACCGUCCCACGCACAUGAACGGAGAGUCCGACGACCAGACAACGUCGUCGUCACAGAACGGAACGGAGCCGAUGGAAACGGAAACCCUCUCCGUCAGUACGGCAGGAGGAGGGGGAGGAGGUGUGGUGUUGAGAGAUCGUGGGAAAAGAAGAGCAGCUACCAUACAUGGCUCCAGACCACAGAGGUCCUCCUACCACGAGGCUGUUAGAACUGAUGAGAUCAGUCCCACAAGAUGAGAUGCCGUUUGAUGAUGACGAACCGAUAUAUGACAGACUCCGCAUUAACGAGGGGGGCGGAGUCUCACCGACCAACCUGCCACGCCCACAGACACUGAGGGCACGCAGCCCGAAACCGGGACGAGGGGACAGCAGUGGGUUCACGAGGGUUCGCCGGCCGCAGGGAGGAGGAAGAGAACAUGUGCCAGCUCAGCAGAUUGCCGAUAAUAUUCGGGCUACUGAGAGAGCUCUGUCAGCUGGCCCAUCUCCUGAACCCCUGGAAUACAGAUUGGACUACUAUACCUCCCACGUCCCCACACACGUCUCAUCUUCAACCUUUCUUCCCGACUCUCAGCCUCACACCAUCGCCCCUCUCUCCUCCCUCAUGAGAAGGACAAGUGACAAGGUUUUGAUAGAGAUACUGCCGAAGAGUCCGACCAGCAGUACAGCUGGAUGUCCUCCAACUCCGGGCAGUGUCCAGGAACUGGCCAAGAAAUUCUCCUUCAGUUCGCCUCCACCAAGUAACAAAUCGUCUCCAUCGCGAACGUCGGGGGGAAACAUCUCAGUGGGUGUGGCCAAGGUACAAGCCACGCCCAUGAAGGCUACAGUUGCAGCGUCAGAAAUGACUCGUUCCGGUAUCCCGGUUCCAGUUCAGUCACGUCAGCCAACAUCCACCAAAUUCUCCCCUAAUCGCGAGCCGACUGACGUCCAAAUGAGAGUGAAUAAGCUGCGAUCGCCGAAAAUGAGACCAGCCUCGUGGGACGCAUCUCUCAUCUACGAUGGUGGGAAAGACGACAGGAGGACGGGAAGACCGUCCAGUAGAGAGGAGGGAGAGGGCGGACAGUUUAGUCGGAAGGAAAACGGACGGUUGCCAGUCAGGAAGAAGCCGGGACUGACGACUGAGGAGGGUGAGAGGGAGAGAGAAGAGAGCGAGGAACCAAUUCCAACUUCGACAACUGGGAAAGAGCUUUCGCAAGAGGAGCUGGUGUCGGUGAGAGAGAGGGCGCAGCGAUGGGAGGCGAGAGGGUCAGAGCUCCCAUCCUUCUUCACUCUCCCCAAGUCGUUCAGGACCAAAGGGGGCAGCGGAGCUGGGCGACCUCAGUCACCCAACUCUCCCAUUUCUCCCAGUGCAGGAUCUAGAAUUCCGGCCCCACGAUCCUCGGGGUCACAAACUGCACUCACACAGUCAAUGAAGGCUCGCAGCAUGUACUCCAAACAGAGCACACCUCCCAUUCAGGAGGAAUCGGAGGCACAAGAAGAGCAUAUUUACAAUCGUCUGUCAGAGAAGAUGCCGUCAGCUACAGAGUCUGACAAGAGAGACCGCACCUCCUCUCCCCUCGCUGGGUCGUAUCCGGGCGGGAGAGUGGGCGGAGUCUCGCAACCGAGGGGCGGGGCUAGGGUAAUUGGCACCAGGUCACUGUCUAGUUCACAGGUGAGUGGAUUUUGUGACAUGUACUUGUCUCAAGAGAUAGGCAGUCAUCUCCACAGAGACAAUUGUCUCCACAGCGACCAACGUCACCACAGCAACAAACAUCACCACAGCGACAAAUGUCUCCAGUUGGACACAGAGAGAGGCAGAUGUCUCCCACGGGCGGCCAGAGGCAAUUCUCCCCGGCAGGUCCGAGGACAGUCGGCGGGCAGCAGCGAGGCGAGAGGCAGACGUCACCUUUGGGACAGAGGCAGAUGUCUCCUGUCAGAGAAACCAGCCCCACUAUGAGGACAACUGUCCUCUCAGCCAGAAGAAGCCCCUCCCCCACCUCGGGUGGCACCGGCUCAAAGAUCCCCACCCCCUCCUCCAGAAAAUCAACCAGGAGCCCUCCGCCCCCCGCAGCCGGGGGGAAAAUUUCGUCUCGGCCCCCCAGGGGGAAUCCCCUCGAUGACGUCGUGCUAGAAUCGGCAUCUGGACUAAAAUCCCUCAGUCUCUCGGAGAACAGACAACUGUCGUCGAAUAAAAAAGUUGAGAACUGGUUACGGCAGUCUUCCUCGGUUGCCACGACAACCCCCGUUGCCACAGAGAUGUCGUUGCCCGGGAAACAUGGCCCGACAAGAACAGAGCAAUACAGGAAAAACUCCUACAGCAGAAAUGUCGUCAAAACUGCAAUGAUUUGAUUCCAGAAUAUCCGCAAUUUCUUCCUCUCAUUAUUAUCAAGAACACAUUAUUAUCGUGGUUAAUUAUUAUAUUCUCGUCCAAAUAGAAAUAUAAUUAUAGACUCUCAGGCAUUUUAAUAUUAUACUCCUUGCUCACAGCACUUAUACCAUAACAAUUCGUUUUAUACUGGUCCAUCGAUGUGUGUUCAAACUUCUGCCUGGUUUUUGACGACGCCAUUUUUUCGAUGGUGCGCAUGCGUAGGUAGGGGGUGCAUUAAUUAGAGUGAAUAGCUCAGCAAAAUCCUCGUGACACGCCUCCUUCCCAAAAUAGUCGUCUAGAACUCCCUCCAGUUGAGUUGUGUAGUUGUCUUUUAGAAUAACCUUGCGCUCUACUAAGCCCUGGUGUGCUCCAAGUCUGUGGAAUUCGUAGUUUUUCUUGUUUUGUGGCCCAUGGAGAAGCUUUGGUGUGUUGAGUAGCGAUCAGCGAGAGAGACGAAAUCAGAGAUGGCCGUGGCUCAGUCUGGACUCGUGUGGCUGUGUCUGGUGUGUCUGUCCUGGUCGGCGGCAGUUCGCGGGAGCCCGCUUCCCGCGACCACUGGGGACAAAAACUCACCAAACAGUGCCAAAAGCGACCAAACUAUACCACUCAUAGAACUUAGUACAAGCUCAACCAAAGCCCGCCAUGCCACGGGAGAGUAUCAAAUCGGACCACAGAAUGACCACUCCGUGCCAAAAGCUACCAGAGAGUACCAAAUCAUACCACAAAACGACCACUCCGUGCCAAAAGACUUCAAACAAAGAGAAAUCGGCACUUUAGCAACUUACACAUCGCAAGACUCAACAGCAGUAACUACUGGCGUGGUUUCAUAAUGCAAUGAUACCUAAAUAUUCAUGCACAUUGGAUUCACAGUGUCAUCCACCUGGUUCUAAUUACACCAUUCCUUCCAAUCUCGUUCGCUGCGACAACGUCACAGGGACGUGUGUCUGCAACGAAUGCUUCUCUCUUUGGAACGACACGUGCUCCAUGAAGAGGUGUCACCAUUUCGACGAACCUAGCGGAGUUUGCGAGGACAACAAGAAGUCGCAGAAGACUCUGUUGGUAUUGUCUGUGUUCCUUUCGUCCACUGGUGCUGCUAAUUUCUACAUCGGGCAAGAGGCUUUAGGGUAUGCCCAGUUUGGCCUUCUUCUCUUGACCUUCAUCGGCUGUUGUUGUAUCUACUGCAUAAAGAAGUGUUGUGUGGAGUGCUGCGCAUUGUUUUCUGACGAGUGUGACUGCUACGAUUGCUGUGAAGAUUUCUGGAUGUGUUGUCAUGACUUCUUUGCCUCCCUGUGCGUCAUGUUCUGUGCGAUCACAGUCUUUCUGUGGUGCAUUGCUAUAGUUGCCUGGUGGGCAGCCGACAUCGCUGGUUUUGUUGAAAACAAAAAAAUCGACGGAAACGGAUGUCCCCUCAAUAAUGACUUAUAAAACAACCAUCCACUGUCUCAAUUAUGUUUUUACGCACAGAAUGCACAGUGACUGAAUUAUAAGUAACUGAAGAUUCAGAGUUUAUAUCACAAUAAAGUGUGUCUUUGUAUCUUUGUGUGUUUAGAAUGACAGUAUAAAAAUGGUGACCUGAGGAAUCCAGCUAUAAGUCGUGUCGUAGUGGGCAGUUUUCGCCGUCAGUUCGCGUGUUUUGGACGAAAAUUACGAUGUCGGCUAUCCACCACGCGAGGAUUGUGGCGAGCGCUAGAACCGCUACGACUCCCGCCGUAACGGUGGAACAGAGCGCGCAGAACUUCUCCGUGUCUCGCCCCUUGUCGUCCAGAACGUAGCGCAGGACGCGACCGAAGACGCUGGCGAUGAUUAGACAGAGAAACAGCG